AGAUUUUUGAUUGCAAUCGAUGGUUUGAUCGUGAUUCAGAAGGACAAGUCUUUGAACAGCAAACACAGCGAAGAUAUCUAAAAGCUUUCUGUUUCUACUUCUUCGCUCAAAAUCCGAUCGAUUCCAAUCGAAAAUCUGUUAACGAUGGCGGAUUCAGGAUUCAGCGGUGAUGAAACGGCUCCGUUUUUUGGUUUCCUCGGCGCAGCUGCUGCUCUUGUCUUCUCCUGUAUGGGAGCGGCAUAUGGAACAGCGAAGAGUGGUGUAGGUGUGGCGUCGAUGGGUGUGAUGAGACCUGAGCUGGUGAUGAAGUCUAUCGUUCCUGUGGUUAUGGCUGGUGUGCUUGGUAUUUAUGGCUUGAUUAUUGCUGUUAUCAUCAGUACUGGAAUUAACCCUAAGGCGAAGUCUUAUUAUCUGUUUGAUGGCUAUGCACAUCUUUCCUCUGGUUUGGCUUGUGGUCUUGCUGGUCUCUCUGCAGGAAUGGCGAUUGGAAUUGUUGGUGAUGCUGGUGUCAGAGCCAACGCCCAGCAGCCGAAGCUAUUCGUGGGGAUGAUUCUUAUCCUCAUUUUUGCGGAAGCUCUGGCGCUGUACGGUCUCAUCGUUGGUAUCAUCUUGUCUUCGCGUGCCGGUCAAUCCAGAGCAGAUUAAGAAGAUGAGAUAUAACAAUUAAAAGGUGGAGCUUUUUUUCUUCCUCUAUAUCUGUUGUUGUUUGUCCAUCUUAAUCAAUCAAAAUCAUGUUCUUUUUUUUGUUUUGUUUGAAUUUGGCAUCUCCUAAAUUUCUUGAUCAAAUUCUUUGUUGUCUCAAUCAUAUCAUUAUUCAUUAGUGAAUAUCCAGUUACUGCAGAUUAAGACCA